AUGAAUCAAUUUCCUCCUCUGGCAGAUGCCAAGGGAGAAAAGUUCUUCAAACUCGCCAAAGAUCACUACUUUCAAGGCCAUUACAUCAAGGCCUUGGAGAUCAUCCUAAAAGACUUAUCUUUCCUCAAAGGGAACGACAAGAAUCCUGUAGCUUACCUCCAUGGCACUAUCUUCAGGAACCUAGCGGAAAAAACAGAGAAUCUUGACCUGAAAGUCACUUACUUGCUUUGUUCCGCUGAGAUUUUUACCGCGUGUAGGCCUUUCUCAGGUGUUGCUGCGUUGUCACUCUUCAACUUGGCUCAGCUUCUUGAUUCUAAGUACUAUUACAAGAAGGCCCUGGAUCAAGCGAAUGUGAUCAUUGGUGCUGCUCAAAAGUUAGAGUAUUUGAAGCAUAUUAUUGAGACUUCGGAGUCAAAGCUCGUUGAAUUCAAGAAUGGGACUUAUCUCGUUGAGGAGGAGGAUAACUCAGAAGAAGAUAUGGAGUCAGAAGAGGAUAAGACCAAGACUGAAUCUGAGUUCGUUAGAGGAUUGAAGGAGUACUGGUCAGGGUUGAGUGUUGAGAUCAAAAGGAAGUUUAUGAAAGUGAGCGUUGCGGGUUUUACAAGUUAUGUACAGAGAUUAUAUGGCAGAGAGGGACGAGAUGCUUUGGAGAAAGUUUUGGGUUUCGUUAGGAAAGACAAAAGAUGGAGGCUUUGGGUAUGUCGAUGCUGUUCGGAAGAGUUUUCUAGUGGUGAAGAGUGUAAGAAUCAUCUUGAACAAAAACAUGGUGCAGGGUUUCAAGCUGAUGUAGCAAUGGCUCUAGCCCAAAGGGUGAGUGAAUCCUGGGGUAGUAUGAUAUGUGAUGGAGGUUGGGAGCCAGUGGAUACAGUAGCUGCUGUCGAAAUGAUCAAAACUCUUCUUAUUGUAUAUGAGAAUGGAUGGUCCAAAGAUUUGCCUUUAGCUGCAGAUGAAGAGCGCAGAAAGCUACUCCAAGAGAUUCGGUUGCUACUUGUGAAGUUUUGUGACCGUAAGAUUCUCUCACGUAGCGUUAUAGAAUGGAUGGUGGAUUGUGUUGUCAACCAUCUUGAGAAACUUGGAGUUUCCAAACAUAGACUUACCGAGUGUGGCUUAGUGGAAACACCUCAGAGUAUCUGCUGUUUGGAAUGUCCUGAACUCAAUCAAAUCCUGGGCCUACUUAAACGCAUAAAGUGUGAAAGUGAUGAUGCUACUGAACUGGUUUGCAGAGCAGUGGACAGUUUCUACAAUGGUGCUCGAGUUAAAGAGAAGAUUGACUUUGACAGUAAGUUUUCAUCUCUGCUUUUGGACAAGAGACUGCUGCAAGGCAAGAUUGCUGAGUUCGAUGAAGAAGGGGCAAUCAGUUUCUUAAAUGCCUAUGCUCACUACGCCAAGGCAAAUGCUGGUGGCGAUGAUAUCAUAUCAUGGUUAACAGAAACGUCUCCAGGAGAUGAGAACUUCCAGUUUCCGAGACCUAUCAGAGCACACAAUCUUGACGUUUGGAUGGCAGUUCUUGGAGCAGUUCAGUUCACAUGUAGAACUAUGGGAACUCAAUACUACGCAAAGAAGUUCAGGGUCAGAGAUUUUAGUGAAGUUCUUGCUGACGCCAAGAACUUGUGUACAGGCGAAAAUGAAAGGAGAAGGAAUUUUCCGGAUGGUCAACGGAAGACAUAUGCAUCUCUUCUAUGCGAUGAAUGUGAAAGGAAGCAUUUAAUGACUGACGCAAGUAGUAGUUCUAUCGUGACAAGACUGUACCUUACUGCAGUAGUAGAUAUUCUUAAAGGAGAAUUGCAUCCGAAAUUUGAUCUCCCAGAGUUAGAAGAUUGUCUGAAAGUUAUACGUGAUCAUAAAAAUGUCAGUGAUGAUGAGGUGUUGAAUUCCAUAGACAACCUGAAAUCAGUGAUGACCGAUAAGGUUCCUCUAAUUGAUUCAAAGAUCUUUGUCAUUGAAAACUCAAGGGUUAAUUUGAUCAACGACCUUGUCAGACUUUCUGUUUUUGACUACCGCUCUUACAUCCUUCGUCCCCUGAAAGAAUUUUUGUUGGACGAGUUAGCUGCAGCACAGGCGCUGAUUUUUUUAUCCGAAAACAAACAAGACAAAGAGAAGAAUCCGGGGUCAAAGAAAAGGAGACGCAGAAACAGAAAGAGAACUUCAACAAGCAAGCCUGGAGUUCUUGAUCAGAAUGUCCAACAUGUUACUUCUCCAUCACUUAAAGAAGAUUCUAUGGAACAAGAUCAAGAGGAAGCUGCUAAAGAUAUGCAAAACAUGCCUGGAGAAGAGUCACCGUUGAAACAUUUGGAGCCAGUAGCACAUGCAGAAGAUCCACCCAUAUAUAAUUCAGCUCUUGACAUGACACUGAAGGCUCUUUGUCACACUAAGAUUCUUAAAGAAUAUUUGGUGAAAAAUCGUAAUCAAUUUUAUGACCACCGGGAAGAACGACUUCCUUGUGCAAUAGGGAAAUUUUUUACUGCGUUUGUCUCGAAGCAAAUGAAAGAAGAGGGUGUCUACAGUUGCCUUUUGAGCGACUUACUUGCUUCCAUAGAAGAAGUUUAUUCCAUGACAAGUUAUGCCGCUGAGCUACUGGUAUCCAUCCUUGAGUUUUGGCCUUGCUGGGAAUGUCCAGAAAUAGAAAGCGUGGUCACUCAUAAUUUUACACUGGAGGAAUAUGAACGAGUAAGUUGCAGCAGAUGCAGACAGAAGCCAAAUUAUCCAGAGCAAAGUUCUUAUGGAAUCGUUAUAGCUGCAGAUUCAAUCAGAGACCUGAAGUGUGCUUUUGGGAAUAUAAAGUUUGAGGACAUCCUUAAAAUGAUUCGCAUGGAAGAUAAAAUGUUAUGUGACAUAAAAACAGGAGGCUGUGGAAAGGCAAACUUUGUUCAUCACAUUAUAAGUAGAUGCCCACCUAUCUUCACGAUCGUGUUGGAAUGGGAGAAAGGUGAAACAGAAAAAGAAAUAUCUGAAACAAGAAAGGCUUUGCACUGGGAGAUAGAUAUGAGCAGGUUAUACGGUGGCUUAGAACCAAGCACAAAAUACCGGCUUGUGUCAAUGGUUGGUUGUGGUGAAGAAGAAAAAGAAGAAUACAUAUGCCUAGCUUAUAAAAAGAACCGAUGGGUCAGUUUCAGUGAUGGAGCUUCUUCAGCAAAAGAGGUUGUUGGUAACUGGAAAAGUGUGGUCAGAUUCUGUGGAGAAAAGAAGGUUCGGCCAGAGAUUUUGUUUUAUGAAGCUUUGCAACGGCCUAACAAGUGACAAAGCCAUAUCAAUGUAGAAAACAGAUUCAUGUAUUAACAGUUGCAUAGUCC